GAGGGAUGGAGUUGGGCUCGGCCCCCAGACACGGCCCGCGGGCUCUGCCAGCAACAAGUCCCUCGGGCCCCAGCCCUCGCUGCGACUGGGGCUCGGAGCCCCGCCACCAAGGGCACGGACCGGCUGGCAAGGCCCCAUUUUUGGCUAAAGGAGGCACUGCCAGGUGCACAGCACUGGGCAUGAGCCGUUCGAAUUACGAGGAAAAGCCUCGCAUUGGGCCCAGGAAGGUUGCCUAGAAGAACACGGUGCAGGACCCCCGUGUUACCUCAACAGGAGGGUGGUGGAACAGGUCCACGGAGGCUGAUGGGAGCUCCUGGUGUUGAUAGAGAUGGAACUAGGACUUGGAAACCCGACUGCACUGCCCCACUGCCCCUGGCCUAGACGACAGCCUGUCCUGUGGCCAACCCUGGCCGCUCUUGCCCUGCUGAGCAGCGUCAUCGAAGCCUCCCUGGACCCGAUGCCCCGCGAAGACCCCGCGCCCGUGCUGGCGCCGCCGAUUAGCCUCCUGGCUGGGGCCCGUACAGCAGGUGUGUGCGGCGAAAGUGCCGUGCCACCCCCUCCGCAAGCUCCCGUGCCCUCCCAGCCGCCAGGCCCUGCGCUUGGCUCCCCUUCCCCUCCCACGGCGCUCCGCAGGGGCCGCAUGGCGCGCGCGGGGACCCGGAGCGGGCGCGCGCGGUCCCCGGAGGCGCGCACCUGCCGCCUGCGCUCUCAGCUGGUGCCGGUGAGCGCGCUCGGCCUGGGCCACAGCUCCCCGGAGCUGGUGCGUUUCCGCUUCUGCAGCGGCUCCUGCCGCCGAGCACGCUCGCCUCACGACCUCAGCCUGGCUAGCCUGCUGGACGCCGGGGCCCUGCAGCCGCCGCCGGGCUCCCGGCCCAUCAGCCAGCCCUGCUGCCGGCCCACUCACUACGAGGCCGUCUCCUUCAUGGACGUGAACAGCACGUGGAGGACUGUGGACCGCCUCUCCGCGACCGCCUGCGGCUGCCUGGGCUGAGCGCCUUCUGCACACCGAGACGUUGCCUGUGCAUCUUCUACCUGGGACACCUCUGUCCGGCCUCGCUGGCCAGGAGUUUCAGCCCGAGGAUGGAGGCCGGUCGCAGAGCUGAAGCCCCAGCCCGGCAGUGACACCUAUCAGCUCUGAAAGAGAUGGCGGGACCACUCACCGGCACCUUGUACAUCCCAGCCCUACGGAGACAUCAGCUACGGAGGCCUUAGCACCCACUUCUCACAAACCCUGGUCUUGACUGGGUCUCAGACCUGGAACCCUCCUCUGGAGAAUCCAAGAAUGGCCCUAGGCCCUGGGAAAAUGAGCAGACACAUUGUAGUCACAUUGACGGAAGUGCCUGUGCUGGAGCUGGCUUUGUAUUCACUUGUGGGAGCUG